AUGGCAGGGAAUUGGGUUCUCUGCCGCUCUUGCUAUCGCUCGAUCCUACUAAGCAGCUGCCUUAUGUUGCUGCUUGCUUCAUCGCCAUGUAUAUUCACGACUCUCUCGCAGUCCUUAAGCGGCCAGCAGCUGGGUUUCUCAGAUACCUUAACUGUUUCCAGUCUGCGGUAUCCUCAAACUCGGGUCAAGCCUUAUGACUUGCGGUAUAUUAGAGUUGAAUUGCCACCAUGGUUCUCUUCUGUUUCCAUUGCCUUGGUGUCAGACGUGGAUGUUGAUGCGGGUAGUAAGGCCAUAUCACCUAAAAGCACUACUCCGAUUCUCUGCCUCAGAGAUGGUAGUCCCCCUCUCCCAGAUGUCUUAAAUAGUUCUCUCAUAGAAUUAGGUCCUCUAUCUAGUGCAGCAUUUGAAAAGAUUCAAGGCUCUCAGAAUGUGGACUGCUUCCUAAUGCAGAAAAACCUCACCUUGAUGGUGACAAAUGAGCAGGUAUCUCCUGGAGUCUGGUAUCUAGGUGUAUUCAAUGGCAUUGGGCCAACCAGGACGCAAUCUAAAAUGAUUGUUCGCAGUUCAGAUUACUCCUUUAGUGCCAACAUCAGUGUCGAUGGGUGCAUGACUUCCACAAUAUGGGGUCAAUAUUGCAAUCAAACAAUGUACCCACUUUCAUGUUCUUUGUUUGACCACCAUAGCCGUGCUGCAAGUCUUUCAAAUGUGGACUUCACUACAUCUCAAAGUGUGAUAUCUUGUGGUGACUCUGGGAUUUCUUGCCAUGGAGUGGAUGAACAGAAAGUUUAUUCGUUAGAUGUGAUGGAUCUGCCAGAACAAUUGACUAUAACAGCAAGAAACGUCAGUGUUAACUCAAAUGACAAUGUGAAUGUUAGUAGCAUUCCCUUGAUGUGUUAUGCUCGGCAUGGUGCAAUGCCAUCAGUUGCGCUGCAUGAUUAUUCUUCUGACUUGAAUAAAGCUCCCUUAGUAAUUAACUCACCAAAUCUUGGCCGGUGGUUUUUCGCCAUCGUACCUACUAAUCCUGGAGCAAUGCGAAAUGAAACACGGAUCUGCUAUUCUGUUACCGGGCAAGUGUUUGAGUGUCCAUCAGGGAAGGCUGGAUUCAACUGUACCUUUGAGAGACACGCUCUGGAGACAGUUAUUAGGAAGGAUUCCAUCCCCUUUGAAUCCUAUUUUUUGCCAGUCAGUGGACCAGUGUCUUCUGAAUCCGUAAAUUUUCCCCUUGAGCCCCUUUCAGACAAGUUCUCCCGCACUGUAGAAACCAAAAACCUUUGGACUUAUUUUUUGUUGAAUUUACCUCGUGGUGCUGCUGGAGGAAAUAUUCAUAUACAUAUAACAUCGAAGACAAAGAUAAACUACGAGAUUUAUGCUAAAGUUGGUGGAUCGCCGUCUCUGGAAAGUUGGGACUACUAUUAUGCUAAUGCCACGAGCAACAGCAACAGUUCCAUGUUCUUCAUGCUGUAUGAUUCAAGUGAACAGAAGGUUGAUUUCUACAUCCUAUAUGUUAAAGAAGGGAUUUGGACGUUCGGAUUAAGGCAUUCAGAUACCUCCACCAGCAACACGUCAAGUGAUCAGACUCUCAUGUCUGUUUCAGUCGAGAGAUGCCCGAAAAAAUGCUCUUCCCAUGGGGAGUGCAAAGUGGCUCUGGAUGCCAGUGGAUUGACAUCAUAUAGCUUCUGUUCUUGUGAUCGAACACAUGGAGGGUUUGACUGUGGCAUUGAAAUUGUGUCACAUGAAGGGCAUGUUCGCCAGUCAAUAGCACUAAUUGCAUCCAAUGCUGCUGCUGUAUUUCCUGCAAUUUGGGCUCUGCGGCAAAAGGCUUUUGCAGAGUGGGUCUUGUUUACGUCUAGUGGAAUUUCAAGUGGGUUGUAUCAUGCAUGUGAUGUGGGCACGUGGUGCGCACUAUCAUAUAAUGUCUUACAGUUCAUGGACUUUUGGCUCUCGUUCAUGGCUGUAGCUAGCACUUUUGUGUACCUAGCUACCAUUGAUGAAGUUUUCAAGAGGACAAUCCACACAGUUGUUGCCAUCCUCACUGCCCUCAUGGCCAUAACUAAAGCAACGAGGCCUUCCAACAUUGUCCUCGUUAUAGCAAUUGGAACCCUUGCUCUUUUUGUUGGAUGGUUGAUAGAGUUCUCCACCAACUUCAGGUCAUUUGCCUUCCCUUCGACUUACUGGUGGAACACAGAUAACAGAUGGCAAACCAUGAGGAGAUGGUGUGACAACUUGAUCAAGACAGUGUUGAGACGAUUUAGGUGGGGAUUUCUAAUUGCAGGAUUUGUUGCCUUGGCCGUGGCAGCAACAAGCUGGAAACUCGAAAGCAGUGAAACCUACUGGAUGUGGCACAGUCUCUGGCAUGUUACCAUAUACAUUUCCUCAUUCUUCUUUCUUUGCGCCAAAGCAAAAGCAACGAUAAGUAGUGAGGAUGAAGCACCUGCAGAUGUAAACUAUACGUUAACCCGGCAAGAUUCUUUUACAAGAAGGGAAGGGUAG